GAUUACGUAUUGCUCUGGCUAGAGCAGUUUAUUCGCGGGCGGGAAAUGGAUGAUUGUUUGUCUGAAUCAAUACCAAAACGAACGUGUUACAUCAGCGAGCAUGCGCCGACACUCUGUGGGAUCACCUUCCCUCCCAUUGAUUCGAUCGUAUACGAAGCAGAAGCGGGUAAUGGAUAUGGCUCAUAG